CUUUGCUCCCAUCCGCCUGCCACCGUUUCCUCCACGACAGCCGUCCACCCCGCGACCCGUCAACCCGCCAGCCAUGUUCUUCUCCGAGAACUUGUUUACCAAGAAGGGGCCGCUGGCAAAGGUCUGGCUGGCCGCCGUCUGGGAGCGGAAGCUGAGCAAAUCGCAGUUCAUCCAGACAAACAUCCAGUCAUCCGUCUCGGCCAUCGUCGGCGGUGAUGGCCAGGCUCCCAUGGCUCUGCGUCUAUCGGGCCAACUGCUUCUCGGUGUCGUCCGUGUCUACUCACGCAAGACCCGGUAUCUCCUCGAAGACUGCAACGAGGCCAUGAUGAAGAUCAAGAUGGCCUUCCGUCCUGGAAUCGUCGACAUGCCUGAGGAGCAAGAUAUGGCCCCGGCCAACACCAUCAGCAUCGCUACCAACAUGACUGAGCUUGAUAUCGCUCUGGAAAACGAUCGCCUGGAUCUGUUCAUCCAAAACCUGAGGGCCCAGUCGUCCGGAGCCCUCCCAUCAACAGCCCAAACGAUCUCGCGCAGAGAUGACAUCACCAUCACCCAGUCACGUCGCCUGAGUCAGAGCUUCGAGGACCAGCACGACAUUUUUGCCCAGGCGGCCGGAGGUGACCUCAACAAUAACGAAGAGAGCUUCCUGAACUUUGACCUCGACUUUGGUCUCGACGACGGUGAUAAGACCUUUGACCGCGGCAACAUCUCGGCCGAUGUCCUGGACUUUGGCGAGGACAGCCGCUUCACCACCUCCAUUGAAGUGGGACGAGACGCCCCCGCCGUCGCCGACCGGCCCUUUUCCCCUGGUCGGCCUGGGAAGAUCCUUGAUUUCAAUGCCGAGAAUCCGGCCGAGAACCCUGCCGAGGCCUCCAACAUCGACCUUGACUUUGGCGACGGCUUCAUGGAUAUGGACGUCCCUGGCGCCGAAGCACCUCACGACCAGCCCUUCCCAGGAGACGCAUCACAUCUCGAGCAACUGCCGGAGCAUGAGGCUGGCGGUGAUUUGUUUGUGUUGGAUCCCAUGGAUCUUGACAGCCGGGUCGAGGACUCGACGAUCCUUGGCGCUCCUUCAGAGGCUGGCCAGCCAGAGAGACGAGCUCGUCAGGCUCCCAAGCGACGCAAGAUUGGCAAUGACGACCGAACACAGAUCCCGAACGCCGACAUGCGGAACGCCCUUAACGACACGUCGGACAUUGUCCUUCAGGAACACUAUGCUCCGGGCUCGAGAACCAUGUCUCGGCUGAUGCAGACACGCAGGCUGGGCAUGGGCUACUUCCAGGACAUCAACUCACCACUUGAGCUCCCUCCCGAGCUCGAUGGACUGUUUGGCCGUCAUGCGAGCCAGUCCGCCAUCCGCCCGGUGUUCCUGCAAGCCAGUGUCCUGGGCAAGCGCAAAGCCGACGCCGAUGCACUCGACGUGGAAGCUGCCCGACGGCUUUCUCGUGCCCCCGAGCUGCCUGACGAUCUGCUACCCCAACCCGAGGAGCCCUUGGCUGCAAAGGAAGGCGAUGCCUCUGUGUCCAUUGCUCCCUUGGGCGAGUUUGAACAGGAAUAUCAGGGGGAUUUCGCUGACUUUGACCAGCCAUAUGGCGGCGAUAUGCCCGGCGAUAUCUUGCCAGAGGAGUCGCUCCACCAGCUGGAACCAGCCACAGAGGCCGGGCCCCUGUUGGAGGGUGCACCGGUGCUCCCUGACGAUCCCGAAUACGACGAGGCGCUUGAUGAAAUCAACGAGAGCACCGGUCUGAGCAAGUCGACCGUCAAAACAAUCACCCUGAUGCAAAGCGAGUUUGAGAACGACCACGACAAGGAGAUCCAGUUCAACACCUUGGCAGCACAGACUCGCCGCAGCGAAACUGUGCGUCUCUUCUUUGAACUCCUCGUUCUCAAGACCAAGGAUAUGAUCAACGUCAGCCAGCCCGAGCCGUUCGGCAACAUCGCCAUCACAGCAAAGAGCGCACUCUUCGAGUAAAGCGUGCCCUCCUCUCGUCCAUUCGCUCUUUGAGUCAAGCGAUCUCCGUCUGCUCUUCGACAUGCGACGCCUUACUCCCGCUUCUGCACUUGCCGUGCCGUGCCGUCCCGCUCAGCGCUCCCCAUAUGUGCGUGUGGAUUCCUCUACGGCACUGCCCUCUACCCGUCCCGCCUCCAUCUCCGCCAUCGAGUUCUCGCCGGCGACCCUGUGCCGCUGUCGCUAUGCAGGCUUGCCGCUCAUCUCGCACUCGGCACCUGGGCAGGUUCGAGCAUGCGGAACAGCGUCAAUACCAAUG